GUGUGUAUGUUAAACGCUGGCGAAGGAUGGAAUUACGCUUUCUUUUAUUAAUUACGUUUUGGCGUGUUAAAUCCUGAGCUUGUCUCGCCAGUUUGACUUUUUAAUUUUGACAGUUUGACUCAGCUGACGGUCGCUUACUGCGGGGAAGACCGCGGCCGGUUACUUUGAGCCUCGUCCGCACGUCUCUCCGCUCCUCUGUCAUGUUUCUUUACCCAACACGGUUUGUGUUUUGGGGGAUUUUAAAGGGUCUCUCCUUCUUAGUCGGUCGCGCUGUAGUUGGAGGAUCAAAGUUAAGCUAUGAGUGCUAGUUAAACCUGAAUGACUGAGUGGUCGUUAUCAUGCCGAGUGAAGCGGCGUCGCCUCCGCUGACAGUGACCGUGCUGGCAGCGCUGUGGGUCAGUUUGGGUCGAUGCGGUGUUUUCGGAUCUCCGGGGCAAGGAUGUGAUGAUGGAAAGCUCUCUUUGGACAGGGACCUGCCUGCAGAUGCUGUUAAUUGGGACUGUGCUUUGUCUGCAUGGCCAGAGUCUACUCAGAGACUUCCGAGUAUUGACACAGUGUAUGAUCCUGAGCCGGCCAGGCAGAUAUGCAUGGAUAAACCCAUCUCCUACUAUCAUCGCAUUCCCAACAGUGGAGAGUACAGACCAGUAAGAGCAGAGAGUGGAGAGUACCUGUACUGCCCUCCUCAGCGGUGGCUCAAUAACUUGCGGCAUGGAGCUGCCGUUUUGCUCUACCAUCCGUGCGCCCCGCUCCAAGAGCGUCACAUCCUGUCCAGCUUGGCUCGCACCUGUCUGCCACACUACAUCCUGACCCCACACCCACAGCUCAAUAAACACAUGCCUGUAGCUUUGGUGUCCUGGGGUCGCACCUUGGAGCUGUCCACCGCGGCCUCUUUAGACAUCUGUGGUUGGCUGGAGAUCACACAGACUUCAAGAAAAGAGUCUGAUGGUGCGACUCCGAUGAGGACGUACACCCUGCUGAUGACCUGGUCAGCAGAGGCGCAUCGGCUGGAAGAAACCACAAAAAUGAAGGAUUCCCUGAGGCAGUGUUGUAAGCAGACCAUCUGUUCUCUGCUAAGUGGAGCCACAGAGGCACAACAAGAGCCCAGCAUGAAGGUCGAACGCUCGAAACAAAUGAAAGUGGGAAGCAAAAGCAGGCGGAUGAGAGCUGCUUUUACAGACUUUAGAGAUGGUCAGAAUAUCAGCAGCAAGCCUGGACCAUCUGCAGAGUCUCUUCAAGUUAAAAGGAAACCCUUGGGUCUUUCUAGCCAAAGAGAAACUCCUCAGAUCCAAAAUCAAACUCAGAACCAUGAACCCAGGCCCAAAGCUCCCUCUGGGUUAAAUACAUCUGAGACUGAGGAUCAGAAAGGCAGGCUAAUCCUACAGCCAGCACCACUGCAGCCCAGACCUGAACAAUCUGACCUCAGAAGCCUGAACCACUUUGCUGUUUCUGGAAGUGGCGUGAGCAAUAAACAAAACCAUACUGACAGGCCUGAAGCCCAGACCCUCAGUUUUAAAGAUGAUGGUACAGUUAAACAGAAGGAAACAGACUCUGCUAAACACAACAUCAAAGUGGACAACACUAAAGAGAAAAACCUUAUUAAGGACCGCACAACUGAUGGCAACAUGAAGGAGAAUGAAGUUGUAGAUGUAAAAGAGAGAGAGCUGGAGCAUACGCAGAUCCACAGCGCCGUGCACUCUCACCACAAAAGCGAAAGCACUGCCUCAGACUCUGUGUUCAAACCCCAGUCAGAGGAUCAGCCACAACAGCACCCACACCCACACAACAGCCGUGAUUGCAACAGCUGCACACCAGGUGAACACUGUGACUGCACCAAGGCCUCUGAAGCUGAGGCCCAAGCUGCUGCUGUAGGUAACGGGUUGCAGAGGACCCCGAGGACGGACGAGGCGGUGUGGGCAGCUGCAGCGCUGGGCUUCCUGCUGGUUCUCCUUGCUCUGUCAGUGCUUCACACUCGCCUGUACCGCCACUGGAGGACCACGCCGAGCCUUUACUGGCAUGACCCAAGCCAGGACUACGACAGUGUCGCAGAUGUGAUCCGCAGAAGGUUGCGAAUUGCAAAGAGACGGCGGAAAAGGGGCAGGAGGCAGGAAUGCGUUCUCCUGCCAAGUUCCUCUAGCUCCGAUGAACACCCAUAGAACAAUCAAAGAAACAUCCCCAAGACUGUCCACAGUGAACUCAAGUGGCGAUGUGAAGAGGAGACCCGAGGGGGAAAAAAAAAAGAGACUCUUAAGCCUUAAAUGUUUUUUAUAAAUAGUUUUAUAGUAAUUAGUUGCUUUUAACUGCGGUUUUUUUUUUUUUUUUGUAUGUGAAAUGUAAGUUGCUGUUGUAAGCAACAAAAUCAGACAUUAAUUCUCUUUGAAAGAGGAGUGCCCAAGUUUCUAAACUCUGGAGGUACAGUGACGUUUUAUGCUUGCUGAAUACGAGCACGUGCUGCCCAGCCACGAUGAAAAUCAGGCAGUCACACCUGAUCCAAACGCUGAUAGAGAGAAGAGAGUGUUAGGCAUAGAUUUUCUAAAUGACCUCAAAUGUAGUUUUAGUAUUUCUGCAGUUCACUAUUUUUCCAGUUGAGGCAUCAAUAAUAGAUUAAUCAGUUUAACUCGGGGGCAGCGGGGCCACACAGCAAGAAGACUCCAUCUGGAGGGAUGAGGACCCCUCUGUGUGGAGUUUGUGUGCUCUGACAGUUGGGGUGGGCUCCAGCACCACCAACACCACCACCCAACCCCAAACUGGAUGAAGAAUAUCGCUCUGUUUUUCUGGAGAGUAAAGUGUUAUCAUGGAGGUGUAAAACUAUGAGGGGUAGUCAGAUUGUGUACUUAAUAUGGUACACAGCUCCAUAUUUAUAUUUUUCAGCUUGCUGAUUUACACAUCUGACAGUUUAAAAUAAUAUUUGUAAUGCAAAAUAAUGAAAAGGACAAUAGAUGCACUUUAAGUGUGAGAUGAUCAGGUUUUUUUUUUUUAUCCCAGAAAUACUGUACAGUAUAUUAAACGUGUUGCACUUGUGGCUGAAUGUCAGUAUGUUGAACUUUAUGAUGCAAAUGACUUAAAGGCAGAAAUAUUGCCACACAAUUGCAGUUUAGAGCAAACACCCAUAUAUUAAAAAAAAAAAAUUCAGGCAAACCCAGGACAAUUAAAUUGUUUUAUUAUUUUAUUACAAAUGUACAGCUUAUGAGUUUCCAUUACGAUUGACCUUUUUAAGUCAUUGUUUUCCCUACUUUAUACAGUUUUUAAUGUCUUCUGUUAAAAGAUAACUCUCCCGUCUCCCAAACUGUUGAGCUGUGAAGAAACACCGGGACAGUGACAGCACAGGCAGCAGUGCCCCGUCACAGCUGAGAAUCAGAAGUGUGUGUGUGUUUCAUUCUGGCUGCUAGUUUAAUGUUUGUACCUGUGCGUGGCUUGGUCCAACUGAUAA